GGGUACUCUGUACUCCCGCCCUGGGCACCAGAAGCAGUUGUGAUCCACAUCCAAGACCUCCCAGUUGGCAAGCGUCACUGUCCACAACACGUGCUGCAGCAAUGGGCUGCAGUGAGUAUUGCAGCAGCAGAGCACCCUGGGUGCGCCGUAUAUUACACCGAUGGCUCCCGGGAUCCAGAGGCUGGCCGCACAGGUGCCGGGGUGCACCACGCCACUCUGACGGCUGGAUGGCGUCUCCAAGAUCACUGCACAAUUCUCCAGGCAGAACUCCAUGCCAUCCAGAGGGCCCUGCAACACGCACUCCUGGAUCAUCGGCGACCCCCAGUCAUUCAUGUGGACUCCAGAGCGGCGAUCCAGGCCGUCAUGCACAGGGAGCCCAGGGACAACAUCCGGCUCAUUACUGCCAUCAGGAAGGACCUGCAGACACUUAAGGAGCAGGGACAGCAAGCAACAAUCAACUGGAUACCGAGCCACAUCGACCUCGCUGGGAAUGAUGCGGCAGAUCGAGCGGCGAAGUCGGCAACCCUUGAGGCCCAGCCAGUGACCACCAUUGCUAUCAGCCGAAGGCAGGUGGAUCUGUGGGCAGCUCAUGCAGCCAGGCGCCCGCUACCAGGGCCAGGCACAUCGCGGAGCCGGAUCUGGUAUGACAGGGCGACCCGUGGGGAGCCCCCGCCGAGAAUGCGGAGGCUAGACAGAAAGUUGCAGGUUGGGGUCCACCGGCUGCGACUUGGCUACCCUACUGCCAGAAGACUCAUUGACCGUGUGCGAGAGGAGCGCUGCUGCCAUUGCAACCAGAUGGUCCCAGGUCCACUAGUGCACUACCUCCUCGACUGUCCAGCGACGGUGUCACUCCGACGAAGGCACUUCCCAAUGGCGCCUGGGGACCCGAACCGAGAAGACACCGCAGCCCGGCUGGUGUACCUAGCCACCCAAGACCUGGGAACUCUCAUCCCCAUCCUGGCUGCCCACCCACCACCUCGAUGACGCCGCCACAUACAACUACGAGUCGCCACUACGCUCCAUCUAUCACCUCUCCUACUCUUCCCUCUUUCACUCCCCUACCUCCUCUCC